CUGUCUCGUAUCUACCCAAAGACUGCCAUGGAUAACUCAAGAAGUGGUGGAUCUCAUUCCCAGGAUACCAGAAAUAGGGAGCUGGAAGAGAGAAACAAAAACCUAACGCAGAGGAUAAAGGAGGCUGCAUAUCUCAUCCAGAUACUGAAGCAAGAAAUAUCAGAAGUAGAGGGCGCCAGUGGAAGCCAUCUUCUCAAACGCAUUGCCGAAUGCUCCGAGGAGCUGAACGCUCUUCAGGGUGACGAGACGUCACUCAACAGUGUUGCCAACAUCAUCGAGGAAAUGGAAAGACACCCAAGUAGUCAGCAGUACCAAACUCAGAUACAAAUGUUAAGAAACCUUUUGGACCAAAUGCAGUGAAAGCUUUCAGUUCCACAUCUGUGCAGUUAGAGAAUAGUAAAUUCAGGUUGUUUUUUUGUUUUGUUUUUUUUCACAAAGUCAGGCCAACUCAUUUUUCCCGCAAAUUUUUGUCUUGUCUGCAUCAGUCACCCAGAAAAUGUAUUUUUCAGAAUUUGUAUUAAAAUCUGAUGAUUUAUGUCCCAUGGAAACCCCUCUAAAACGGUGGUCCUCAACUCGUUUCAAGGUCGUGGACCGCGAGCCGUUAAGAAAAAUUAUUGACUAAUUUCCUGUUUGAGUAACAAUAAGUAAAGCACAGACAAUAAACACAUAUUUCUUGCAUAGGAAUUACAACCGUUGAUUAAAGUGUUAUUUUAUUUUUGUUAAAUAUGAAAAAUAAAAAU